CUCCUCUUACGUAGGACAUUGAGCCGAGGGAGAGCUGUGGUCCUGCAAUGGAGGCUAGAGCGUCAUUAGCUAGCUAGCUAGCUACUAACAUUUAAUUUUACUUCAUUUCAAUGUCUCAUUUUCUUUCGCCGCCCAACCUGUUGAGCAUCUUUAUUGUUUUUUCUGUAGUGGACUGAUUGAUAGUUGUCAAACAUGUAUUCGAUUACACAUAACCAGUGCAGAGAUCCGUUGAAUAACAAAUUAGCUUCUUAUGUGAAUUAAAUCUGGAUUGAGUUUGCUAGCUAGGUUGGAAAAAUAGAUACGGUUGCAAUAAAAUUAACCGGCUAGCUACAGGUACACUCGCCAAAAAAACCAUUCGGAGGCCUGGAGCUACAAUAAUUCAUUUUUGACGACGAAGCCUUGUUACAAGCCACAUCAUUCAAGAAGGGUGAAUUACUAUUUUUGUGAUCAAGGCGCUGCCCUGAGCAAUGGGUGCGUUCCUGGACAAGCCGAAGACGGAGAAGCACACGGCCCACGGUGGGGGUAACGGCCUGCGUUUCGGGCUGAGCAGCAUGCAGGGCUGGCGGGUGGAGAUGGAGGACGCCCACACGGCAGCCGUGGGCCUGCCCGGGGGCUUGGACGACUGGUCCUUCUUCGCCGUGUAUGACGGCCACGCCGGCUCCCGCGUGGCCAACUACUGCUCCCAGCACCUGCUGGAGCACAUCACGGGGAGCGAGGGUUUCCCUGGCGACGGCGGCAGCGGCGGCGGCGGUGGUCCCGAGCCCCCCGUGGAGGCGGUGAAGAGCGGGAUCCGGGCGGGCUUCCUGAAGAUCGACGACCACAUGCGCGGCUUCUCGGACCUCCGCAACGGGCUGGACCGCAGCGGGUCGACGGCCGUGGCGGUCCUGCUGUCGCCCGAGCACCUGUACUUCAUCAACUGCGGCGACUCUCGGGCCCUGCUCUGCCGCCGCGGCCAGGUGCGGCUGUCCACGCAGGACCACAAGCCCUGCGACCCACGUGAGAAGGAGCGCAUCCAGAACGCCGGCGGCAGCGUCAUGAUCCAGCGCGUCAACGGCUCGCUGGCCGUGUCCCGGGCCCUCGGUGACUACGACUACAAGUGCGUGGACGGCAAGGGCCCCACGGAGCAGCUGGUGUCCCCCGAGCCCGAGGUGUUCGAGAUCCCCCGGGCCCCCGAGGACGAGUUCGUGGUGCUGGCCUGCGACGGCAUCUGGGACGUCAUGAGCAACGAGGAGCUGUGUGAGUUCGUCCGCUACCGUCUGGAGGUGUGCGACGACCUAGAGAAGGUCUGCAACUCCGUGGUGGACACGUGUCUGCAUAAGGGAAGUCGUGAUAACAUGAGUGUGGUGUUAGUGUGUUUGCCCAACGCCCCCAAGGUGUCAGAGGAGGCAAAGAAGAAAGAAGCUGAGCUGGACAAGUACCUGGAGUCUCGUGUGGAAGAAAUCAUGGAGACCUCUGGCGAGGAGGGUCUCCCUGAUCUUGGACAUGUCAUGCGCACCCUAGCCUCAGAUAAUAUCCCCAAUCUACCACCAGGGGGCGGCCUUGCAAGCAAGCGCAGCAUAAUCGAGGUGGUGUACAGCAGAAUCAACCCUCACAGAGAGGAGGACGGGCAGGAGUCGGAGGAAGCGGAGGAGGGCAGCACCGGCACCCACCUGCGGGAGGCCCUGCGGCAGUUCCGCAUUAGUCACAGGGGCCAGUACCACCACGUCCUGGAGGAGGCGCUGUCCUCCAUCUGCCAGCUCGGCGAUGCGGCGGAAGAGAGCCCCGCCCCCGGCGACGAAGCCCCGCCCCCGGAGUCCGCCGCCCCGGGACCCCAGAACGCAGAGGUGCAGCUGGGAAGCUCGUCUCCUCCUCCGACUCCCGAAAACCCCAACCCGCCCACCGUGUGACCUCUGACCUCAUGACCUGACGUCCCCCCCCCCCCCCCCCCCCCCCGGCGACACCGAGUGCGAGCCAUUCCACCGUCCCUCCCUUUGCCCUGCCCAGACCACAGUGAACAGUUCAGGUUUUACCCUCUGGCCAAUCAGGAUGGCGGGGCAGAGGAGAGAGGGGCGGACAUUUUGGCGCAGAAAUCCAGAGGGAACGAAUCACCAGGGAAGCAUACUAGUGACGCCCCUUCCAAGGACUGAGGCUCGAACAAGUUGGGGGAGGCAAAGGGGGCGGUACUCUCCAGGGAGCAAGAGCAUUCUAACAGACGGGCGUUUGGAACAACUUCUCCACACCGCCACGGUUAAUGGGGAUCAGCCAGGCCUUGUCUCCCAGUGAACCCCCUCCUUAUACUUAUGUAAACAACUUUAGCCACGCACUUCACAUUCUUUAUUGAGCUUUCAUGAGGGGACCAUAUGAGUUCAGCUUAUAACUUGUGCUUGACUAAGACUGAGAUAUUGUACAGUAUAUACGCUUUGGUGAGCAACCGUCAUUCUUUUCCCCUUUUACCUGCUUGCUUAUUCCUGUGUGAAAGGGGGGGGACGAUAUGCACUGCUUUUGUUGACCGUGUUGGGUCAAGAGACCCUGUCACUCUGCAGCAUGUAGCCCAUGAUUCCCACGAUAUAUUGCACAAAUGCAAUGCAUUCUGGGCACUGUAUUCUAGUGACUGCCUGUCUCAUUGCGUAUUAUUAGGAUGCACUAUUUUAGCCGUGGUUAGCGUCUGCUGCUGUGUUCAAAUGGGCACAUGCGUUUGUGUUCUGUCUACAUGAGUGUGUGUAUGUUAAUGUAUGCAUAAGUAUGUAUGCGACUGGGUAGUAAGUGUGUGUGCGUGGGUGGGUGUUAGAAAACGAAUGGUGAUAGGUGUGGAAAAGUAGUGUGCAAGAUAUCCGUGGUUGCUGCAGACACGUUUUAAAGUUCUUUCACUCUCUUCCUUCACUUCUACCCCAUUCCAUUACCCUCAUUCCUUCCUUCUCUGCUCACUACGUGGCCUAACCUAACAAGCUGCCAUUUGGUAUACUAUAUUUAGCCGCACACAUUUUACCAAGCUCUUUAAUUUUACCAAGUUAUUCAACAAAAUGAAAGUUCACAAACUGUAAUGGCUUUCUGGACCUUCCGUCUUGUUUUUCUGCACUUGCAGUUCCGAAUGCAAUCUUCUUUAGAUGUGAGGUAAUCCUGACGGGUUGCAUGCUUCCUCGUAAUGGUAGCACCACAGAAAUAAGAUCAGUGAUAUCACAGGCAAGAGACGAGACUCCACACCAACAUGGAUGUUCUCUCUGUCUCAACGGUCUCCUGGCUGGUUGAGUCAUCGUUCCCCAUUGUCAUUCGCUGAAUGUUACAUCCUGUUAUACUUGGGUGAGGCCUGGAUAUCGCAGUCCAGAGCUCUUGAUGAUUUGGGAAGCAAGCACCAACGUUUUCUGUAUAAUUCUCUUCAAAUGAUCAACCCUUGUUGUUUUUGUGUUUAAAAGCAUGUUCGUUUCUUAUGUGUAUACCUUCAGCACCAAAAACCUGUGGAGAAAAUACAAUUAUUACUCAACUUUUCGGAAUUAAAACGUGGGUGUGUGAUGAAGUUCUCGGUUUAAAGUCCAGUUCAGUUUCCUCUGACGCUGUUGUGUUUUGAGCAGAAGCUGAUCUGAUUUGUUUUUUUUUAUGGAUGUUUCAUGCUGCUGCUGAGUGUUUUUAUGUUUUUUUUCUGAGCAAAUAAAAUUUCAUCUAACAGAAA